CACACACACACACACCCUCACUCUCCCCGCCUCCAUCUCAUCAUCAUUAUUAGUCUAGAAAAAAAUCAACACGUUUUGCGUUGCACGGGUGUAUGUGUGAUGUCAAAUGAACGGAUUAGACUAACAACUGACCAAUUAGCCACAUCACACGUCAUCAACCACUGGCAACCUGCACAGAAAUGUCAUCCUCAACUCAUCGGUCGGUCCUCUCUUGAUGUCCUGUCCUCUCCAUGUUUGACACACACAUCGUCGCACAACGUCAGCAGCAAACGCAAACGCACAGCUGCGUACGAGUGUGCGUGCAAGCUGCAGGCGCCAGCCAUCACAUUACGGCUCAUCGAGUUCGAGGCGCCGACGCGGAAAGCUUCAUUUGGCCAUCCAACGCGGUGCAACACGUCUCGCAAGCCUCGCUCGAGUUUCAACUCGCUCUGGAGUCGUUCAUACAGCCGAGUACGCUGCAAAAGGGCAGCACUGCUCGACGGAGGGCAUCGGGUGUUGUUGCUAAGAGAAAGACGAGACCCAACACAACGCAUUUCAAUACAAGGCACGAAUUUUUUCCGUCGCAUUUUCCGCCGUUGGGUGGACGGAGUCCGCUCGUGUCGAAGAUGGAACGCGUUGUGGGUGUGAGUCCCAAUGUUGGUGGCGUGAGCGGCAAGCAGAUCAUGAACACGGCGACGGAAGUAAAUGGGAAGUCGACGAUGCAGGCGGAAGUAAACGGGAAGUCGACGGUGCAGGCGGAAGUAAACGGGAAGUCAACGGUGCAUGCGGCGGCUUCUUACCUGCAGGUUUCGGCGUCGAAUACGAGGCUGCCUCGAGUGUGGACGAGAUCUCAGUCGCGUGAAGCAAGUCGAGUGAAACUUCUCGAGCCGUCUGUGCCGUUAGCGUUACAUGAGAGUAGUCAUGGUCUCAAGGUCAACAAGAGUGAUGCCUACAUGCUGGUUCCAAGUAACGGAGUGAAGUCACACUUGCAACAGAAGAAAAAUCCGUUUCUUAGCGCGCCUACAGGCAAGUGCAUGUGGGAAGGUAAUGAUGUGGAGUUGAAGUGGGAGGAUUUUCACAGUUGGAAUCCUGGAUGUUCGUAUGAUGUUUUCCUUCGAUGUUGGAGUUGGCUGAAGGAUCAGUAUAUGAAGGUUCCCGAACUGCGACCUCAUUAUUGUAAGCUGCAGUCUUUCUUACUGGAUAGUGAUUCUGAUGAACUGUGAUGUUAACUUAAUUAAUCUAAUUAAUUUGCAAGUGAAAACUAUGGCUUGCAAUGUACGCCAUACAUGAUAUUAUGUAUUCUAGCAAGUAAUUUGUUGAUACUGAUAUUUUUCUUAUGCAAAUGUUGAUAUUCUAUA